AGCGGUCGUUCAGACGUUGCGAGCGGGCAGCGCCUUGUCGUGUCGAACCUCUACGACGGCUUCGACCUGUAUGAUAUCGCUACGAGGGAGCAUGUGCGCACUCUCAAGACUGCGCUCGCAGUCAAUGUUCCGCUCCCAGUCAUACUCACGUCGCAUGACUCCGAGAUAAUAGCGGGUAGCUCUUCCGGGGAAGUGCGCGUCUUCGACCCCAGCAGCGGGGAAGAACUGCAGGUUCUCGACCAUGAUGGUGAGUUCUUCUCUCCGAGUGUGCCUGCCGGCUAA